CCUAAAGCCAGAUGGGGUAGGGCUCUAGUUUGUAUCUCUCCAGGAGGAAAAUCUUUCCAAGAAGAACCCCAAAGUAUUUCCACGAAUGUCUCUGAAUGUACAACGACGACCUCACAAACUUGGAAAACUGCAAGGAGCUGCAGCUGGAGAAGCACAAGGGCGAGAUCCUGGGCAUGUUGGUGGCUGAGUCAGGCUGGGGCUCCAUCCUGCCCACGGUGAUCCUGGCCAACAUGAUGAAUGGUGGCCCAGCUGCCCGCUCUGGGAAGCUGAGCAUCGGGGACCAGAUCAUGUUCAUCAAUGGCACCAGCCUGGUGGAGCUGCCCCUUGCCACGUGCCAAGGCAUCAUCAAGGGCCUGAAGAACCAGACACAGGUGAAGCUCAACAUUGUCAGCCGUCCCCCAGUCACCACAGUCCUCAUCAAGCGGCCAGACCUCAAGUACCAGCUGGGUUUCAGUGUGCAGAACGACAUUGAGUCCCCGCUUCUGCCCUGGGCUGCCGCCACCACUACAGGGGCCAGGGAGGGGGAGCAGCUUCUGUCUGAUGGGGCAGGCUAUGCCCGGCAGCCUGGCAGGACCCAGGCCAUGGGCACAGCUGCCCACAGCCAGGCCACCAGGGCACAUGCUUUCCACGGCUCUCUGUGA